CAGGCGGGUGUCAGGCCACGGCUGCCUCCACAUGGCGGGUGCCAAGGGGAUCUCCAGGGAGCUGGUGGACCAGCCGAUCACAGCCAACUGGCUGCAGGAACAGCACGAGGCAGAUAUAUUCGAGCUCAAGAGUGAGAUCCUGCGGCUGGAGAGUCGGGUGCUAGAGCUGGAGCACCAGGGGGAGCACAGUGGCCUGGCAAGGGCAGAGCCGGGGCAUCCCCGGAGGCAGGCACAGCCCAAGGACCACAGAGCCCAGGGAGAAGAGCCGCGAGCCCCGGACACACAGGCGGCAGCCCUGGCCCGGCAGCUGCAGGAGGCCCGUGAGGCAGCCAGGGAGGCAAGGCAGCGGCUGGCUGCACAAGCGGCUGUGCUGUCAGCCUGCCAGGGCCAGCUCCGCCAGGCGGAGGCCGAGAACAGCCGUCUACAGCUGCAGGUGAAGCUGCUCAGUGAGGAUUGCUCCCUCCGUCUGCAGCGCUGUGCCCGCAAGGCAGCCGAGCUCUCGGGGGGUGCCGGCCAGGCGCCCGGGGCCACCACACUGCGGGCUUUCCUGGAGAGCGCCCUGGAGGACAUCCGGGCAGCUCACCGCAGUCGCGAGCAGCAGCUGGCCCAGGCCGCCCGGGCCUACCGCAAGCGCCUGGCUGAGCUGAGCCGCAGACACCAGGCGCUGCUGGCUGUGCACAGACUGCAGCCUGGCCUGGAGGGCUCCCACGUAGCUGCCACAGCCACCGCAGACCCGGAGCCGCCUCCGCUAGUCACCAAGCUCCAACACUGGCAGGAGGAGCAGAAGGGGCCCAGCAAAGCCUCACCGAGGACGGCAGAGCCACAGGGCCUGGAUACUGCAUCCUGCGCCUACAUCCACCAGAAGCUCCGGGAUUUCUCCCAUGGCACCCAGGCAGAGCUGGAACGGGAGCGUGCACAGCUGCUGGUCCGGGCCACCAUGGCUGAGGGGCGACUCUCUGAGCUCCAGGACUAUGUGGACCAGCACCUGGGCAGAUACAGGCUGGAGAUCCUGAGGCUGAGGGCCCUGGUGGGUGCCAGGGAGCCCCGAGAAGAGGAAGCGUCACCCCCAGGGAAGCCCACGGACUGAGCACCCCCAGCCACUGGCGAGUAGUCUGGCCAAUGCUGCAGGGCUGUCCAGGCCGUAAGCUGCUCUCCAUGCUCGCCCUGGGGGUCGCACCC